AUGGCCAUUUACCGAGUGAGCCUAUUCAUGCUCGCGGCUGUGCAUAUAUCAUCAGCCGUGCAGUGUCCUCCAUCACAUGUAUUCGAUGAAAUCUUUCCUCUUCAUCCGUCGAGUUGCUCGGCCAUUACACUUUGCAUUGCAGGUGAUGGUUCAGCUCAUUUACCAACCUUUGAUACCGCCCACUUGCCGUGCCUCUCGACGCUAAUCGCCCUGCAAUGCCCUAAGUUCAAAGCUGCCGAUGCAGAGUGCGAGUACUCAAUUCUCCAAUUUGAUGACAAUGGCUCGACAACACGAGCUUGCUGUGAUACCUUUGAUUUGUUGUUCGAGGCUUCGGAUCUAGCUCCUCAGAACCGGCUUUUGCGCCAUGAUUUCUUUGAUAUGGAUUCGGCAACGACGGAUGUGGAACUAGAUGAGCCUAUAAACAGUGAUGAGGUGGAAAUAGAUGAAGAGGAUAUGGCCAAAUUCGAGCAUGAUAUUGAUACACAGGAGGAUGAAUCCGAAAACGAAUAUGAUGAGGAGGGGGAGGAGGAAGACGAGGAAGAGGAAGAAGAGGAAGAAGAGGCGGAGCAGAACCAAGAUUUAUAA